AACAAUCUCCAUUCCCGAGGUGUUCGUCACUCUGAGGUUCUACUGUACUAAGUGGUGCAGCAGAAAAAGACUCUCAGUGACUUUCCCAGAGUGUCCGGAGUGUCUAGGGUGCAGUCUCUAUGACUCUGACUAAAGUACAUCGUGGCUGAUAGGACCAGCUGAUUAAGGUGAUUGAGGUCACCAACGGACAAGAUGAGCCUGUACUGAGGAAGAGAGGUCUAGUUAAUGAGUAAUUCCAGGAAGUAACAAAGGUUUAUAGAAACAACACAGCCUUCAACAUCAGAGAGAGUUUUUAAGUUGAGACCAAGUCCAACACAGACACCCUUACCCCAUCCCCACCCCCCAAAACACACAUCCUUCUCCAACGGCAACAGCAUGAAAAAUAAGAACAGCCAAGGAGCACAGGAAAGUCCCUCCAGAUGUCCAGAUAACAGCGCAUUUAAACAACAGAAACUGCCAGCCUGGAAGCCCAAGCUCACAGCUCCGACUGUCCUCUCCAGCUUCUUUACCAUUGGAGUCUUCUGCCUCCUCGUGGGAAUCUGCCUAAUAUUGUAUGCAAGAAGUGUCAAAGAAAUCCAGAUUAACUAUUCAGACAUAUGUUUGAAUUGUUCAAAACUGCGUGAAAACUCCUCUAACUGGGAUAAAGAAUGCAACUGUUCUGUGUACUUCACACUGCAGGAAAAUAUGCUGGGCGAUGUUUUUAUGUACUAUCGUCUGCAAAACUUUUAUCAGAACCACCGUCGGUAUGUCCUCUCCAGAAGUGAUGCACAAUUGCUGGGUCAAGAUGUAAACAUUCAGAACAGCAAUUGUGCGCCUUUCACAAUCUAUCCAAACGGAACUCCAAUGGCUCCAUGCGGCGCCAUCGCCAACAGUAUGUUCAAUGAUUCUAUUCAACUUUUUUACUAUCUUAACUCAUCCACUGCUAUCAAAGUCCCAUUGCUGAAGAGUGGAAAUAGUUGGUGGUCAGAUAAAAAUGUGAAAUUUCGGAAUCCAACAUCAUACAAUCUCUCUUCUGCAUUUGCAGGAACAACAAGGCCUCCUUACUGGCAGAAACCAGCUUAUUUACUGGAUGAGGAGGAUGAAAGGAACAAUGGUUAUAUAAACGAUGACUUUAUCAUCUGGAUGCGGGUGUCAGCCUUUCCCACAUUCAGAAACCUUUACCGUCAUCUCAGACAUACCAACCAGUUUGCUGAUGGUCUCCCAGCAGGGAAUUACACCUUCCACAUUACCUACAAUUUCCCUGUUACCAAAUUCAAAGGGGAAAAGCAGGUGGUCCUCUCAACCAGCACAUGGAGUGGAGGGAGUAACCUCUUCCUGGGAAUUGCCUACACGGUUUCUGGCGCAGUGAUAGUGCUGGCAGGUUUUAUCAUAACUGCGAUUCACUUAAAACUCCGAAAAAAGAAAACGUACUUUCAGAGAUAACCCAAAUGA